AUGAACCCCAAGAACGCAGCCAACCCAGCACCACUGCUGCGCGUCUUCACCACGCUGAUCCGCACGCACCACAUCACGAGCCGCAAGAAGCUCCAGCGCGUCAGGAAGGCCGCCGCGCAGCACGCCGUGCCCUACGUACUCGUGCGCAGCGGCGGCGCGCCAGGCAUCAUGUACGCCGAGGCCGCCGACGAGGCCAGCGUGGCGGACUGGGUGGCGACGGUGCAGAGCCUGCGCUACAAGGACUUCCAGUGCGUGCAGAAGCCCGCUGUCGCGCAGGUUGAUGUCAAACCGAUAGCAUUGCCUGACCCGUUGGCCAGCAUCGACCGGGGCGGGGGAGCGGGGUUUGAGGAAGUGACGAGCACGACCGAGUUCGCCGCCAGGAUGCAGGAGAGAGGUCUGACCGGUUGGUUCAAACAGGGCAUGGGCUAUGGUUGA